GUGCAGGUGUAGACUUUUCCACUCGUUUACAUGCCUAGUCAUUGCUUUAUUAAAUAUCUUGAUGAAAACUAAUAAGCUCAUUCGUCUUAAAUCGCUUUCUUCCAAUCUGAAGCGAGUAUCGGUAAGAAUUUUUUACAUAUACUUGGCUACAAAUGUCAAGAAUUUACAUGUCCUGGGAAUUGCCUCGAGUUCGACCAGAAAUACAUACGUAUCUUCUGCCACUUCCCUGCAAUUCCAGUAUCUAAGCAAAAACACAGAAGCUUCAUGGCAGAAAGCUUGUAUCUCUUUAUCAUGUUCGUGUGCAUGUCUUCGGUAACGCUUCAUCUUCCUAUCGUUGCUUCUCAGUCUCUGCUCAAAUGCCACGAGGAAGAGAGGUCUGCUUUGCUGGAACUCAAGCGAAGCUUGAAAGAAGGUCCCGAGUAUUGCUACUACAAAUUCUUUUCACCGGGUGAUUACAAGAAGCUCGAAUCUUGGAAGCCAGAGGACGGUCAAGAAGGCGGCAACUGCUGUACCUGGAGAGGGGUCCAGUGCGACAGACACAGCGGCCAUGUGAUCAGCCUCAACCUCGGUAAUGCCUGUCUCUAUGGCUCCAUCAACUCUAGCAGCAGCCUUCUCCGUCUCGUUCACUUGGAAAAUCUCGAACUUACAGCUAAUAAGAUCAGUUUCUCUCCCAUGCCACCUGAAAUCAGCAACCUCUCAAGGCUCACCGUGUUGGAUUUGAGUAAAAAUGUUCUUACUGGUGAAAUCCCAUCUUCCUUGGGAAACCUCACUCGACUCUCGUAUUUGGCUCUAAGUUACAACUACUUGACAGGUCAAAUCCCUUCUUUCCUAGGGAACUUCUACGAACUCUCUCAGUUAUAUCUGGACAACAACCAGUUUACAGGCCAAAUACCGUCUUCCUUUUGCAACUUGACUCCACUCUCUCGUUUAUACUUGAGCCAAAAUCAAUUGACAGGCCAAAUUCCGCCUUUCUUUGGGGCCCUCACUCAACUCUCUGAGUUGGGUCUGAAUGACAACCGAUUGACUGGCCAAAUUCCAUCAUUAUUGGGGAACCUCAGCCAACUUUCUCUAUUGAAUCUCAGCCUCAACCAACUCACAGGCCAGAUCCCCUCUUCCUUAGGGAACCUCACACGAAUCUCUACUAUAAAUCUUUGGCACAAUCAAUUGACAGGUGAAAUCCCGGAUUCCCUCAUUACCCUCCAGCAGCUGAAGUCUCUCUAUUUGAGCUCUAACAAAUUGACAGGUCCUAUUCCAUCUCAACUUGGAAGCCUAAUCCACCUGGAAAAUCUUGACCUUUCUUGGAACGGAUUCCAUGGCCCUGUCCCAAGCUCAAUCUCUCAUCUCAGUAAUCUUACGUACCUUAACCUUUCCGUAAACAACCUGAGUGGAGACCUGCACUUGGUCAUGUUUUCGGGGCUUAAGAGGCUGAAAAUACUUGGCCUAUCAUUCAACGACUUCUCCCUCUCCUUGAGCCCAAUGCAAAUGAAAGUUAUCCCACUGCACUGGGCUCUAGGUUUGGCUUCAUGCAAGUUACAUGAGUUCCCUGAAUUUCUAAGACAUCAGCAUGAUCUAUUAUUCCUAGACCUUUCCUAUAAUAACAUAUCAGGGCGGAUACCUGUGUGGUUUUCGAGCUUUGUGUAUAUGAGAUCCUUGAACCUUUCUCAUAACGCUCUGACUGGAUUCCCACAACACCCGGUGUUUCAGAAUUGGACGCAGCUCGGUAGUCUUGACCUCAGGUCCAACCAAUUGCAGGAGCCACUUCCUGCAGUUCCUCUUGCAACCAUUCAGUUCUAUUUCGUCUCUAAUAACAGACUCUCUAGAACAAUACCGUCGAUGAUAUGCAACAUGAGCAAAGUACAGGUACUGGAUCUGGCAAAGAACAACUUCAGCGGUGUGAUUCCACAAUGUUUGAGCAACUUGAGCAGCACUUUGGUGGUAUUUAGUCUACACGACAACAACUUGCAUGGAGGAAUCCCUCAGUUGCAUAAAGGCACUUGUAGCUUGAGGAUGAUAGAUUUAAGUAACAAUCGACUGGGAGGUCCACUGCCGAGGUCACUGGCAAACUGCAUUGAGCUUGAGUUUCUCAAUGUGGGAAAUAAUAUGAUUCAGGACAUUUUUCCUUCUUGGUUGGGCUCACUCGCAAACCUAAAGGUAUUGAUUUUGCGGUCUAACAGAUUGCACGGGUCGAUAAUGGAGCCUAAGAGCAAACUCGACUUCCCCAACUUGCAGAUUGUGGACCUCUCGUGCAACACAUUGGUAGGUUUCUUGCCAUCAAACUACUUCCUGUAUUGGAAAGCGAUGAGAGUUUUAAACACCAGCAGACCAAGCUAUUUUGGGGAAUCUUGGAAUGUGCCUUUCUUUUCCUUUGUGUACGAACCCGGAUACUAUGAUUACUCAAUGACAAUAAUCAACAAAGGCAUGGUAAUGGAGUAUGCAAAGAUCUUGGAAUACCUAACCUUGUUCGAUCUUUCGAGCAAUAACUUCACGGGAGAGAUUCCGAAUUCUAUUGGAAGCUUAAAGGGACUCCAUCUGCUCAACCUGUCUCACAAUGUACUCAUAGGCCAUAUACCUCCUGCCCUGAGUGGUCUGACCAAUUCGGAAGCUCUCGACCUUUCUCACAACAAGCUCACUGGAGAUAUCCCCCAGCAACUAACAGAGCUGACUUCCCUCGUCGUCUUCAGGGUAUCAUACAACCAACUGUCAGGGUCCAUACCUCGAGUGAAGCAAUUCAAUACAUUUGACAACAGCUCUUACAAAGGGAAUGCUGGACUAUGCGGAGAUCCUUUGUCAAAAAAAUGUGCAGGCCUGGAGAAUGUGGCACCACCAGCACCUGCUGGAGAUGAUCAGGAAGGCUCAAAUACUUUAUUUGAGUUUGACUGGAAGAUCAUUCUGAUUGGGUUUGCUGGUGGACUAGUCCUUGGUGUGGUUCUAGGACAAGGCAUAAGCAUUGGAGAAGACAACUGGUUUGUGAGAAAGUUUGGCCGGAGAUUUCGAAAAAGACAUGCAUAGAUCAUAAAAGAAUGAGUUGUGGAGGAGAAUGUUGAAUCUUGGCAGGACCUUUUCUUUCUGCAGCUAUAUUUUGUUGCUCGAUUUCGAGGUUUCUUAUGAGAUUAAUAUUGUAGCUGAGUUCUGUUCUGUUCUGCUCCUUCGCAUGUUUUCCUCUCGCUGUUGUUGUAUAGUAUAUUGUCUUGCAAGCGCCUGGAACCUUUAUAUGA